CUCAGCUGUAGAUUUCCUUAAGACAUACUGCUGACAUCACUGAAUCUCCUCUCAGACUUUUUUUUUUCUCUCUCUUUCCCCCUCCCUCCCUCUCCUCCCUCUCUCUCUCCAGUCUCUUUAUUCAGGUAAUUUCAACUCAGACUUAUUCCAACUUGUUUUUGACUGACAGUGAGGGAAGGGAGACUCUGAUGGUGUUUUGAUUUUUUUUUUUUUAAUGUUUUUUUAAACUAUACACACAUGCUUUAUUGAAAAGACAUUCAACCUUUUAUAAAAAAGAUUGUUUGACUUGUCAUGACGAUAACAUCUAGUAAGGAAUCUGAACAUUGCUCUUUUACAGGAAGAAACAGAGGUGGUGUGCUGGAUCUGCGUUCUAAACCAAGCACUGACGCGACUUUAAUUUCGAUCAGAUGUCUCUCUUCAGGGCACUAAAGAAAACUUUUGCAGUAGUUAAAAAGAGCCUCUUCUCUAAAGAAACGACUGAAGCAGUGAGGAUGGAAGCCACUCAGAUUAAUAUGUCCCGUGUUCCGCUGGUUAACGGAGGCAUCAGCACUGCGCUCAAGGCACACAAGCCCCGUGUGAUGUCCAAAAGCGGUCACAGCAAUGUGCGCAUAGACAAAGUUGAUGGCAUUUACCUACUCUACCUUCAAGAUUUGUGGACUACAGUUAUAGACAUGAAGUGGAGGUACAAACUCACCUUAUUUGCUGCUACAUUUGUUAUGACCUGGUUCCUCUUUGGAGUUAUCUAUUACGCCAUUGCAUUCCUUCACGGAGACUUAGAAAUAAACACGUUCACCUCAAAGCGGGAGCCAUGUGUCAAGAAUGUAGACUCUCUUACAGGGGCAUUCCUCUUCUCUCUGGAGUCACAGACAACCAUUGGCUAUGGAUUUCGUUUCAUUACAGAGGAGUGUCCACAUGCCAUUUUCUUGCUUGUGGCCCAACUGGUUAUCACCACCUUGAUUGAGAUCUUCAUCACAGGCACAUUUCUGGCAAAAAUUGCAAGACCUAAAAAAAGGGCAGAAACUAUUAAGUUCAGCCACUGUGCUGUCAUUACUAAACACAAUGGAGAACUUUGCCUGGUGAUCAGGGUAGCAAACAUGAGGAAGAGCCUUUUAAUACAGUGCCAGCUCUCUGGGAAGCUUCUUCAGACAUACGAAACCAAAGAAGGGGAGAGAAUCCUGCUUAAUCAAGCCAGUGUCAAGUUCAAUGUUGACUCCUCUUCAGAAAGCCCAUUUCUCAUUUUGCCUUUAACAUUCUACCAUAUUUUGGAUGAAAGCAGCCCUUUAAGAGAUCUCACACCUCAAAAUCUCAAGGAUAAGGAUUUUGAGCUUGUGGUGCUCCUGAAUGCCACAGUGGAGUCCACCAGUGCUGUCUGUCAAAGCAGGACUUCCUACAUACCUGACGAGAUCCACUGGGGUUAUGAAUUCGUGCCUGUGGUUUCUCUCUCUCCAAAUGGAAAGUAUGUGGCAGAUUUCAGUCAGUUUGAGAAGAUUAGGAGAAGCACAGAUUCUUCUUUUUAUAGUAUGGACUCAGAAAAACAAAAAUUAGAGGAGAAAUACAGGCAGGAGGAUCAAAGAGAGAGGGAACUAAGAACGAUGUUGUUACAGCAGAGCAAUGUUUGAUUGAAUGGACAAACUAUCUUGUUAAAUUCUUUCCAAAACCUGAAAGAAAAAAAAAAAAACAAACAUUUUUUUCUGUACUGUAUGUCUAUUAUAAAACCAGCGGUGAAGACUUUUUCAGAAAAUAGCUUUGGUGUAGAGUAAACAUAUCCCUUUGUUUGGCUGAGUUGUUAAUCAAGUAUUUUAUAAUUAGGUGGGAUUUCUUUGUUCAUGAUCUUAGCAAAGUUGGAUUUGUAUCAAGUGUCUGCCUCAUACCAACGCUAAAAGCAGACACACCACUUUCUGUUUGGAAAGUGAAACUGGAUGCACAGUGCUGAUUCCUUCAAAUAUUUAUUUGACGAACUUUUACUGUGAGCAGAGACAGCACAUAGUACUACUAAAAAAAAUAUGUGCUCUGUUAAAAAAAAUGUCUACUUAAAAUGUAAAUUUUCAUACCAGGUCUUAUCUUUGAAGGAAUUCCUGGCGAGGAAAAUCAGGGAGACAAAUUGCCAACCAUGGGAAGAGCCUGCAGGGAAGGGACAAACUCCUUAAAUCUUGAAGGAGAGUGACGGAGUAGUUGUGCUGGGUGAUCUGGAAGGGAUUUCUCUUUCUCUGCUGCACAGAACGUGUUUUGUGAUUACUCACUUUUUUAACCUUGUUAAUGGCUGAUUCAUAGCAAAAAAAAAAAAAAAAAUUUUAAAACUUUAUAGGUGAUAUUAAAAAAAAAAAAAAAAAAAAAAAAAAAAAAAAAAGGAGGUAAGGGCAAGA